UUCCGAGGGAAAGAAGAAGUUGAUACAAAAGAAGGCCAGUUUCCAGACAUCUCUCUUCCCGAAUGGCUUUUUCUCCUCGUUAAUCAGGAUGAUGACCUUACUCGGUAUUAUGCCAGCUUAGCCAUCUGUAUGUUGGCAAGCAUAAAAGAAUUCGAAUCAGCAGUGAUGAAAUCGGACACAUUGAAACUGGUGGAGCCAUUCCUUCUUGCUCAUGAUGCUACCACAUUCGCUGGAGAUCACUACAAGCACUCACAAGGUCGACCAAAAGAGUGGCUUAGCAGGUAA